AUGGGGGGAAACCAGUGGGGGAUGUCUGCAUCUGUCCUGAUGACUGGACUGGAGAGACGAAAUUUCUGCAAAAAUGUGACGUUGGGUGGAUUUAAUUUCCGCCAAACACCCAUCGGCUGGUUUGCAUAUUCUGAGGAAAAAUGUGAGGAGGGAACGAGCAGUGCUGGCAAACCAAAGGCCUCCACCAGAUGCUCCAUCCAGAACGGAGAAGCGACUUUCAGCCGUCCAGAGAACUUCACCUGCGGCCUGACGCUCAGUGACCUAAAACAAAAUCUGAGCAGCCCGGCUGAUUUCGAGAGGCUGGCAGCCUGCGCUCAAAUCCUGACGUCUAAACCUGAAGAGCUGACGUCUGAAAAUGUGACAGCAGCAGCUCACAUCGCCAACACGCUGCUUCUGUCUCCCAACGCCACAGAGAGCGUCAGGGUGGCAGCAGUAGCCACAGUCAGCCAGCUGCUGAACGCCAGCGUGUCGAGCAACACCGAGGAAAACAACACUACUCUGGGUCUGACGAGGACUCUGGAUGAGCUCUCUCUGAACCUCAGCUCCACCACCAACUCCUCUCAGUCUGAGGUGGUUCAGCCCAACCUGGUGGUCCAGUCGGCUCGGUUACCUGCGGAGAACACUCAGGGAGUCCAGUUCACGUCGCUCAGAGGACUAUCUGGAAGUUUCGCUGCCGACCGAAUUAAACUGAACACCAACACGUCAUCAGUUGUGAUGGAGAACGGCUUCAUCGCCGACGCCCUGAUACUCGUACGAUUUCCACCAGAAGAUGUCAAUAGUCGCCAGAUGCCGACAAACGUCUCGCUCGGCUUCGUCCUCUACCAGAACGACCAUUUCUUCCGGUCGAGGGACUACAGGAAGCGACGGAACUCCAUCAGGGUCCUGUCGGCCAGUGUCAGAGGUCAGGAGCGCAGCGUGGUACCACAACACAUCGAGAUGCAGUUCAGACCAACAGGGUUAAACAUCUCGUUGCUGCACGACUUCGCCUGCGUGUUUUGGAACUACACUCUGGAGGACUGGAGCACCGCCGGCUGCUUCAAACAAAACACUUCAGGCGGCGCCCUGCGAUGCGUCUGCAACCACACCACCAACUUCGCUGCUCUCUGGUUUGAGGGAACACCAAAAAUGGCAAUGAGUGGACAGGGGGUGAUAGCUACACCUAGAACCUCUGACAUGAUCUUGAAAAAGCUCUUCCAGAACCCUGUCAACCUUGAGCAUGACCAGAAAUCUGUUAGAGAGGAACACGAGUAUGCAGAGCAGCUCAAUACGUUUUCCAUCGUUGGACUCUCCUUAUCUAUUUUCGGUUUGGUGGUUACGAUCAUUCAUCACGGUAGAGAGAUAAACGCUCAGAACAGGAACUCAAAGAUGGCUCUGCUCUUCAUCUGUAUCAGCCUGCUGGCCUUCAUCAUCACCUUCCUCUCUGGAGUCCAAAACCCCAACCGAAAGGACAACACCGAGCACGAACCCGACAUCCAAAAUAAUGAAGUCCCCGAGUCUGAUGAAUACGUGGCACCAGAUCGCGGCUCGUGCACGGUGGUGACGGCUCUCCUCCAUUUCUUCCUGCUCGCCACCUUCAUGUGGAACGCCAUUUACGGCACGCAGGUGAUGCUGCUGGUCCGGACGAUGCGCCGCAACCUGCCGCCACACUGGACCUCAGGCAGCAUCGCUGCUGGAUGGGGAAUCCCAGCCGUUGUCAUGGCGAUCACACUAGGAGCGACCUACAGGGUCGACAAUCCUCUGGGAUACAGACAGGAGGAAUUUUGCUGGCUUGCAGCUCUGAACGAGGACGACCAGUUUGACUUUGGGAAGCCGAUGUUUUGGGGGUUUCUGCUUCCGGUUGGUCUGAUCCUGAUCUACAACGUGGUCCUGCUGGUGCUCGUCUCUCUGACCACAUGCAGGACAGACCCCAGACUAAACAGCUCCAACGCUUUAUCUAUGAGGAAGAAGUUCCUCACCAGUUUGUCCCUGGCGGUGUUAAUGGGUCUGUCCUGGACUCUGGGGUACCUGGUCCUCACCACAAGAGGAAACGAAAAUCUGUUCUUCAGCAUUUUCUUCUGCAUCUGCACGACCACACAGGGGUUUCUGAUUUUCAUCCUGUUCACAGCCAGAACGAGGACUUUCAGAGACUACAUGUCAAAAUCUGCUGAGUUCGUCUCGUCUGUCAACAUACAGUCCCACAACAGGAGGUACGUUCUGUGGAAGGACUGGGACAAGUCCACCAGCUCCGAGACCUACAGAGACCGUAACACCUCCAGCAAAACCUUUUAGAGUCGAAAUAAUAGUUUUAUAUCUAGAAACUAACUGAAGAAGAAAACCCCGGUCAGAUAUUCUGAACUGCAUUAUUUCUUUGUUUACUUUCUUGUUUUAAAGGCGCAAUUUGUAAAAAAUAUAUAUAAUUCAUACUCCAGAACGCUUGUGUUGAUUGACUGUGAGCAAGUCCAUACAAAGAGCCGUGGGAGAUGUUUCCAUACUACUUGGUACUGAUUUAUUUCAGAGUACUGAAA